AUGAUUCAAAUAUGUGUUCUAUUUAAUAUUCAACCUGAAAAUUCCUUCCUUACAUCGACCUAUCAAGUAUUACUUUCUAAACUGAAAUGUUUGAAAUGUCAAGAAUCUGAAAAAAUAAGAGAAAAUUUAGAAUUACAUUUGACAGGAACUCAAAUAGAAGAAUCUUUAGCAGAAGAUAGACAAGCAGCUUUACUACAACAUCUGAAUUUAAGUAUUACUGCUCUUGAAGCUCUUGCACAAUAUGGACAAUCUUUGCAAGUAUCUCAAUUAGCUGCAUGUAGAGUGCUCAAUAUUAGUCAUUUAUUGACACUUCCUCAAUCAUAUUCUGUAAAUUCCAAAUCUGAUUCUUUACAUUUAACAAUGCAUCUUCAACAGGAAGCGCAAAAAGAAAAUAAACUAAUUAUCUUACAAGAUUUGAUAGAACAUUGUUCGAAAUUUAUAACACUUCCAAAACAUUUUAAUGAAUUGAUGAAUAAUCAUUAUAUAAAGAAAAAAGAUUUUUAUAGAGCAACAAAAAACUUCAAAAAUUUUCUUACUAAUUUCACAUUGUCUACAUCAGAAUUAGAGAAAUUACAUCAACAAUAUGAUGAUAUUUUAAAUAAUUAUCAACAAAGUAGAUCUAUAUUAGACUUGGAAUUACCAAAAGUAAUAAACAUACGUUUAAUGGCUCUUUAUGAUGGUUUUGAAAGGAUUAAGAAAUAUUAUAACAAUACAGAUGAUAAUGAUGAUAAAAUUGUAAUAUUAUUUAAAUCAAUUGGAGAAAAACUUCAUAAAAAUGAUACAAAUACAGUAACAGUUUCCCAUGAUGAGGAUUUACCCAAACCUAAAUUAUGCCAAAAAUGUAAAAUAAAUUAUGUUACUGAUGAUGAACAAUGCUGAAAUAAACCAGAAAAUAACAUUGGCCUUGAUAGUAUAGCAACUGUUUUAUCCUCAGUUUAAGAAAAUAGAAUUCACAAAUAAUACAUUUCAUGAAACCUUACAUAUAUACUAAUCCUAUUAUAAAUGAUUAUAGGUUUAACCAUGCUACUAAAAUCAAAAUUGUAAAAAUAUAUUUUAAACAUUGUAUUUUAUAUUUUAUUUAUUUUCAUUUAUUAUAUUUUUCAUUUCAUUUACUAAUUAUUCAUAUUUAAUGUACAAGAAUUCAUAUA